AUGACAUCUCAACAGCGGACCUCGCCGGACCUGGCCACUAUGCUGCCCGGCCCUCGGUUCAAUGCGGCAGAGCAGCCUCGAUUAGACGAGCAGACCAUCGCGGAGCAGCGAGAGGCUCGCCGGGAGCGACGACGAAUGAAACAGGCCAGCCCUCUGGAGGGCCGCAAUGUCCGGCACAGCAGCACAGGGGACUCCGAUGGAGGCCCAGCCAGUCCAACUCGCGCGCAACCACAACGGACACCACCGCCCAUCAACACCAAUAGUCCAGAAAUAAACAACGCUGACAUGGCAAGGAUCUCACGCACCGACCUGCAUUCCUCGCGGGACAGCCUGGAGUCGUUGCCAGGGGUGUUUCGCGCCAACAGGAAGGGAAGCGGCUUCAAGCGGACGAACAAGGCUGCAGCGGCUGGCGCCGGCGGCGCCAAACCGGCGUCCAAGACCGGUGUGGGAGAGAUGCAUGUAGUGGGCGAGAUCGUGGGCGCCUCGGGCUUCAGCGCCCCCAUGCUGUUCUGUCGGUGGGAGCUGGUGUAUGAGCCAGCCAAGUCGUGGAAGGUGCUUCGGGGCCUCACACAGGGCUCCACUCACGCGUGCUGUCGGGAAGUGGCUGAGGACGACAUGGUGGUGUGGGAGCACCCGCUGGAUGUACACAUGCAGACACAGAGCUUGCAGGUGAGCGAGGAGGAGGUGAAGGGGGAGGAGGUGAAGGGGGAGGAGGUGAAGGGGGAGGAGGGCUGGCCCUCACUGCUGCUGUACGUACACGCGCGCGAUGAGACCAGCAAUCGCGACGCUUUCGUGUCGUACGCGCUGGUGAAGCUGCCCACCACGUCGGGGCUCCAUCACGUGUCCUCCCGUACCUGGUUCGCGGUGGAGACCAGCCGGGCGGCGGGGCACACGUUCUUCGGCUGGUACACGGGCCUUAUCCCUAGGCUGGAGGACGAGGGCUUCAUCACCAAUCUGCGGCAGCGCGAGGACGCGGGGCCGUUCAUCUGCACAGUGGGUGCGGGGGAGGUUCACCUGCGACUCAACAUCCUCACCAAGAACUUCGCCAACAUCACGCACCGGGGCGGUGAGAGCCUGGCGGCGGCUCUGGAGCGACUCAACAUGUCCGUACAAAAGUCGGUGAUCAUGGAGGUAGGUGGCGAAGGGCGGGCGUUGCGUCGUAACGGUCAGGGUCGAGCUGUGUUAGCAUUCAAAGGCACACGAUCACUCACGCACACAAUCACAUAUUUCCUGUUGCCCCAACCCCACAACCCCGGGGGCCCCAGGAAUCCGAGUCUCCUGGACCAGCAAGGCAGUCGCUCGUCCUUCCGCGGCGUUGGUGGUGUACGGCAGUCCGCAUCAGGUCGCCAGGGCGCUGACCUGGUAGGGGCCCAGCCACACGGGGCGGACAGAGCGCAUGCUGUCGCACUCAGUGUGGUUGCCGCAGCUGCAAGGCCUUGCCUUCCCUUGCCACCAACAUCACCAUCACCAACACCAAAAAUAACAUCAUCAUCAUCAUCAUCAUCAUCAUCAUCAUCAUCAUCAUCAUCAUCAUCAUCAUCAGAAGCAGACAUCGACAGUCGGUCGGAAACGUCGUUCUCAAGCUACUCACGUCCGCGGGAUCGGUACGCGGAGCGACAGGCUCGCCGUGAGAGGGACAGGGAGAAGGACAAGGCGACGAAGGAAGGGGCCGGCAGCGCGAGGCAGUCGGUGGCAGGCGGUGAGGCCGCUGCGCCUGGUAACGAUAGGGCGGCGCCGCCGUCGCGACCCACGUCAGUGUCUGGCGGCCCCAUCAGCCGUACCAACAGCGGCUAUGGCGAGCGUUCCGUGCCUCAAAGCGGCCGGGGAGGUGGCGGCGCUGGUGCGGCGGCGGUGAUGGCUGCGGGUACGGGGACCCCCGUUGACGAUGGUGACGACGGCUUGGAGACAAUUGCGGCGGACGAUAGCGGUGGUGGUGAUGAGACAAGGGCAGAAGCCGCGAUGCUGUUGAAGGAGCACCUUACCAGCACGUUACAUUUGUUGCUGAUUUUGCUUGGAAGGCUUGUCAGGGCACAUUUAACGGCAGCCUUGUCGCUGAUUGGCCAUCUUUACACGCCCAGCGCCGUACAGCCUCCCCUACGGAAUGCUGCGGGGCGACUGCUGGCUGCACCGGGGCCGAGCCCUUUCAGCUUCGAGGAAGCUGACCACCCUCGCUUCGGUUUAGGGAAAGGAUCUGGAUCGACCAUCAGAGCGGUGCAGCUCUAUCCGAAACCGAAUCCGUCGGACAGGAUACAAGUCUCGGUCAUUCAAACUGGGGGCAUACAAAUGUGCAACAUGUUCUCCAAUGACAAGACUUGCAUUUGCGAGACUUGCAAGCCUACGGAUGGAGGAGGGUAUUUGUGCCGCUACCGCCUGCUUUUACAACACGGCCGCCUAUCCGUCCUCCUUUCCAUUCCCCCUUUAAGUUGGCUCGCUCUUGUUGCGCAAGUAGAUCUGGCAGGCAAGAUCUGCACCUUCGUCUUCUUCAUCAUCAUGCUGCACACCCACAUUCCUAUCAAGCUCCUAUCAGGCUUGCUAACCGGCCUGGAAGCGAUAACCGCAUCGUACAUGUUGCGCACUCCACAUGGUGCUGAGCCCAAGUGCUGGGAGGUCCUCGAGUCGAGCAACGUGCUGGUUACCCUGGACGGCUUAAAUUGCAAAUCUUACAGCGAAAGGCAGAACUUCAUGGGACUUCAGUAUGUCCUUCCUUAUCUGGCAUUCGAUGACAUCUCUCUCGUUUCUUACAUCAUCUGUGUCUCCAUCUCCGUUAUGAUUUUUAGGGAAUUAGCUCCCCGAUCAACGUUUCGGCGAGCGGAAUUCGGUGUCUCAACCACCCUUUGGCUUGACUCGCAACUUCUAAGCGAUGCGGCCAGGCUUCGGCUUAUAUCGGCGCGUCGGCCACAAUUUAGCUGCUGCACAGCUCUCGUAAAGCCAGCAGCGAGUACGGAACAUGGUAGUCCCCAAGCUUUCGCACCCCAAAAUAGCCAGCGCAGCCAAUACAAACAGACACCACGGCAGCAUCAACCUCUGGGGAAGGCCGCCGACCAAAUCGCGCUGCAACGAGUUCAGGAGCUUGGUGCUCUGGGAUGGCGCUGCAAAGAAAUUCGCCGGUCCCAAUGGCCACCCGAUACCAUCGAGUCCGUUCGCUCCAUCUUGAUCUCUCUUUUGCCGCACGUUUCAAACCUGCCUGCUGGAAGUCUUUCUCACUGCUGUUGGGCGCUAGCGCAGCUGGGGUCUGCUGGCUCCCGCGAGCACCUGGUGGUCAACUUUGUUGUGGCCGUGCAGCGCGAGCUCUUGUCGGACCCAGCUUCAAUACCGGAUUCGUACGGCAAUCAGCCAGCAGAUGAACCUACCCCCCAACCUACCUUUCCGUACAACAGUCAGAAGCAACCGCCAGAAAAAUUAACGACCCAUGGGUCGCCCGGCCACGACCAAUGUACGGUGGCGGAAUCGCCGCCGUACCCACAACAGAGGCGCAUCUCGACGCGACGCGCUGCGGCACGCCUCUCGGAGCUCGAUUCAAAGCAGCUCAGCAAAUUAGCAUGGGCUAUUGCCAAAUUAGGCAUCAGGCCUGACGCCGCCGGCGCGGGGGCCGGGAGCACCAGUACAGCAGCGGUGACGGCGACGGCGGCGACGGGGCCAGGGGACUGGGAGCGCCUGCAGGAGCUCUGGUGGAGGGAGCUGGGGCUGGUGGCGGCGGAUGCCAUCCGGCGCGUCAAGAUGCCCCCACAGCGGCAUCCGGAGCUUCUAGAAGCUGCUGCGGAGUGCAUUGCCCGGGGGCAUCGCGUCAGGUUUGGGCCGUUGGGUGUCGCCAAUUUGUUCUGGGCCUUCAGCACACUGGGCUUUUCCAGCGACGAAAGGCCCAGCGCGGGUUUCGGCGGCGGCGGCGGCAGCGGCCGUACGUCAGACCCUGAUCUGUGUGACAAGAUGUACGGCAUGUUGAUCAGUCUGGCGGCACCGCUUGUGGGGUCCAUGACGAUGCAGCACUUGGCCAACGUCGCCUGGGGGGUGGUGACCGCGGGGCUGCAUGUACGGCAGCGGCCGGCGCGGCAGCUCCUGGCGGAGGUGGGCGUGCGGGCGACGGAGCUGUUGUCAGCGACCGCCGCCGCCGCGGCAGCGGCGACGACAGCCGUGGUGCUGCCUGAUGACCCGGUGGCGGCGCCGCCAGCGGCGGCGUUACUCGGUGCCAUGAGGGGCGUGACGACCGCAGAGGUGGAGGAUGAGGAGGGUCAGGGUACAACUGCAGUACAGAUGCCCGAUGGCGUUGCCAGUGCCGUACCACGGUACGAUUCACACUCGGCAUCGGUGCUCGCAUGGGCCCUGGCGCAAGCGGCAGCACCUGGGCAACAUCGUUGUGUGUCGUACUUGGAGGCGGCGGUGGCAGCGGCACUUGCUGCGCGAAACGGCCUGGCUCUGUUCAACGAUAGGGACAUGGCGAUGAUGUUGAUGGCGCAUUUCCGUGUACGGCACUACUCGGCGGCGCUGGUGGGCUGUGUACGGCAGGAAGUUCUACGGCGGCUACAGCUUGGCGUGAUGGACCCACAUGCUUUAACCAACAUCUGCUACUGCCUGGCCACCAGCAACUACUAUAACGAGGAGCUGUACGAGGCUGUAGCAGCUACCGCCGCCAGGGACCUGGAGCGCUACGGCCCCGCCCUGGCUAGCCGGCUCGUGUGGAGCAUGGCGCGAGCCCGUCACUACAGCCCCCCGCUUCUGGUUGCCUUUUCUGAAUACAUCAGGCAUGUUGCUUGA